CAUAGGACUCCGAUUAGUGGAAACUGUUGCCAACAUGUCCUUGUCCACCACAGCUUCUCGCCACGUCGCCAAGACAGUUCUGGCAGUCGAAACGGCUGAGGGCGUGGGUGCCCGCGUACGGCGCUCUAUUGGAUCUAUGAAUCUGCGCAACCUCACCCCGUUCUUGAUGCUCGAUCACUUCCACGUUUCAGAAGGAGCUGGUUUCCCAGAUCAUCCCCAUCGGGGUCAGGCUACCGUCACAUACAUGCUCGAAGGGUCGAGCCGCCAUGAAGACUCCGCCGGCCAUGCUGGCACGAUCGAGACCGGUGGCGUCCAGUGGAUGUGUGCUGGUAAGGGAAUCAUCCACGCCGAGAUGCCUGUUCAUGCACCGGGCGUUCCGGAACCAAGGGGCCUCCAACUUUGGGUGGACUUGCCCAAACAGGAACCAUCGUACCAGGAACUUGGUCCAGAAGCUAUCCCCACAGCGUACCCAACCGGCCCUGAUGGACCAAUUAAGGUCAAGGUCAUCAGCGGCAAGAGUCACGGAAUUGAAUCACCCGUCCGCCCCCUCGGCGGCUGUUGGUUCCUCCACGUGACGAUGGAAACGUCAGGAGCAACGAUGUUCCAGGACAUUCCAUUGGGGUGGACUGCGUUCGUGUACAUAUGGAAAGGCGCUAUCAGAAUUGGAAAUGAUGGCCCAAUUCACAACAGCUUCCACACACUUGAAGUACAACUUAUCGCGGCAGCGGAUGACACUCAGCUCGUUCUGAUUGCAGGAGAACCCCUCGAUCAGACUGUCUUCCAAUACGGACCAUUCGUGAUGACAAACAAGGAAGAAGUGCAACAGACUUUGUUGGAUUACCAAUUCGGGAGGAACGGUUUUGAGAAGGCUCAUACAUGGAAGAGCAAGAUCGGAAAUUAGCGCAGUUUCAGUGGUAAGGGAAACGUGUCUCGAAUUUUCUGACGAAGCAGAGUCGCGCGUGAGGUUAUGCAUGGGGUGUAGUGCUUCAGUUGUGGUUGUUUGUAUGGUUGUAUAACAAGUGAAUAUGCAUAGGAGGUUCCAACAAGCGACGCUUUCAAGACCCUGUGCACAGCAGGGCUACUCCACAUUCCAGAGUAGACUUGCUCUCCAUCACUCCUCCACGUGCUUCAUCGUCUCCCAGAUAUUCUCGUCCUCUUCUUGGUCCACGUCCAUCUCUUCUUGCUGGUCCCACACAACUACCGUCGGAACCGUCGUCAUGUACACUUUUUCUAGUGUAGUACCCCUCUUGUCCGCUCCAUUUCCCGCCUUCGUCGGUACAAGGGAGGUGCUGUGGAUUCGGGUAUAGCGAUCCAGGGCUACAGAUGCAAGGAAUAAUGGGGAGGGUGAAACGGAUGUCACUGCACCCGAUAUGCC